AUUAACUCUAACUAUGCCAUUUGAAAUUGGGGCCUAUAUAAGGAAAUGAUCAAACUCCCAUAACUCUCAUCUUCGAACCACUCUAAUUUGUCCAAGAGUUUCCCGCUGAUAAUAAAAGUAUAAAUUGAAAGAACACAGUAUAUAUAUGGGUUCGACGGGGAACGAAAGCCAGCUGAGGAGCCGAGCCGAGUGGGACGGCGGCGAGGAAGACGACAGCUUAUUCGCGUUGCAGCUAGCAACCGCUGCAGUGCUUCCCAUGGCGCUGAAGGCAGCGGUGGAGCUGGACCUGCUGGAGCUGAUGGCUAAAGCCGGGCCGGGAGCAGCCGUCUCCCCUUCCGAGCUGGCGGCUCAACUCCCCACAACUAACCCGGACGCGGCCGUCAUGCUGGACCGGAUUCUCCGGCUGCUCUGCUCCCACUCUGUCUUGAAUUGCUCUCUCCGGACCCUCGCCGACGGCAGGGCGGAGCGGCUCUACAGCCUGGCCCCGGUAUGCAGGUAUUUGACGAAGAACCCUGACGGCGCUUCCAUGGCGCCACUCUUGCUCAUGAAUCAUGACAAAGUCUUCAUGGAAAGCUGGUAUUACUUGAAAGAAGCAAUACUUGAGGGUGGGAUACCAUUCAACAAAGCGUAUGGGAUGAGUCCAUUUGAAUAUCCCAAAACAGACACAAGGCUCAACAAGAUCUUCAAUCAUGCAAUGUCAGAUCACUCUACCCUUACUAUGAAAAAAAUUCUAGAAGGUUACAAGGGAUUCGAAGGGCUCAAAUCAUUGGUGGAUGUAGGUGGCGGGACCGGCGCCACUCUUAACAUGAUUCUCUCUAAACAUCCGAAUAUUAAGGGCAUUAACUUUGAUUUGCCUCACGUUAUUAAUGAUGCACUUCCUUAUCAUGGAAUUGAGCAUAUCAGUGGAGACAUGUUUGUGAGAGUGCCCCAAGGCGAUGCCAUUUUUAUGAAGUGGAUAUGUCAUGAUUGGAGUGAUGAUCAUUGUCUAAAGUUCUUGAAGAAUUGCUUUGAAGCACUUCCGGAUGAUGGGAAAAUGAUCAUUGCAGAUUACAUUCUACCAGAACAAUCAGACACAUUCCACGCAGAAAAAGGUGUGAUCCAUAUUGAUAUUCUCAUGUUAGCAUAUUGUGUCGGCGGGAAAGAGAGGACUGAGAAAGAAUUUGAGGUCCUCACUAAGAGUGCCGGUUUCAAAGAGUUUCGCAAGGCUUACUUUGCUCUUAACACUUGGGUCAUGGAACUCUACAAAUGAAUGGAUCAGACCAUUUUGGACUUUCUAAUUUAGUUGUUCUCUUCCCACUUUGAUUUUUAGAGUAAAUAAAAUUGUUGUGGGAAUAACAACGGAACAAUAAGGGGAUGAGCACAACCAGUGACAAUGUAUAAUGUGAUAAUUCUAUUGUUGUGUUUGUUUCAAAUAAUGUAUACCUUGUUUCAGUUGUUUGUGAAAGACAUGUGUGCGCCUACAUUUUUUCAUUAAAACUGAUCAAAAUGAGGACAAAUUGUUAGUGGAAAUUCUGC